GCCGCCGGGCUGAUCGAUCUCGUCGGUCCCCUCCUCCUCCACCCCACCGUCCUGACUCUUUCUCCCUCCUUCCCUCAGAGAAUGUCCUCCUUCCAGCUCAACCUCAACCCGCUCAAGGAGCCGCUGGGCUUCAUCAAGGUUCUCGAGUGGAUUGCUUCUAUCUUUGCUUUUGCCACCUGUGGAGGUUUUAAAGGUAAAACAGACAUUUCAGUAUCUUGUCCUCAGGAAAAUAAAACAAUUACUGCCACUUUUGCUUAUCCAUUCAGGUUGAAUGAAGAGUCAUUUCAAGCAGUUUCACAGUCGAAUGUGUGUAAUACAGACUGGAGUAGUCAAGUUCUUGUUGGAGACUACUCGUCCUCUGCACAAUUCUAUGUUACAUUUGCCGUCUUUGUCUUCCUGUACUGCAUGGCUGCUCUUCUGCUCUAUGUCGGUUAUACAAACCUCUAUCGGGAUAGUCGAAAAUUUCCCAUGAUUGACUUUGUUGUUACUCUGGUUGUCACUUUUUUGUGGUUGGUGAGCACUUCCGCCUGGGCUAAAGCUCUUACAGAUAUUAAGAUAGCUACCGGUCACAACAUUGUCCAGGAACUUCAGCCUUGUCAUAAUACGGGAGUGAUGUGUCAUUUUAUCUCUGUCACUAGUAUGGGAUCCCUAAAUGUAUCUGUGAUCUUUGGCUUCCUGAAUAUGAUACUUUGGGGAGGAAAUGCAUGGUUUGUGUACAAGGAGACCAGCUUACACAGUCCAUCAAAUACUUCUACUUCCCAUAACCAAGGAGGUAUUCCACCUCCUACUGGAAUAUAAUUAAAAGGAGAAACACACUGGAUGAAAUAUAUACAUCUAUCUUACGACCUUUUGCCAAAUCUUGAGAACCAUUAUUUGUUUCUAAUAAAGUAAUGGCUUUUUCAAUAAAUUGGUGGGUUUAAAAUUUUGCUGCUUUUUACAUAAAGCCUGUGCCUUUCCUAGAAAUUUAAGAUGUAAAUGUAUUUUCACAUGUAAAUUUGAAAAUUCAGGGGCCUAUUAUGAGAUGAUACACAUUUUUCAAUGAGCAGUAAUUCCUUCACUAAGUUGUUUGCCUUCCAAAGUGUUUACACUUUAAGCCUUAUCAUAUAUCUUCACUCAGAAGAAUUAUAUUGUCAUAUCAUAAUAGGAAGAAAAUUUCUAUUAGGAAUAUACACUACAGUAAGUUUGUACAGAUCAUAUACCUAAGACCUGUCUUUGUUUAAGAGAACCUUGAUUACAUAAAUCAUAUUUAGAAAAAAACCAUUUAGUUGAGAAUUUAUAACAGAACAUUGUUUAUAUGUUAUGAAAACAAUUUUAAAUGCAAAGACAGUGUAUGUUUUAUCUCUUGUUUUUCUGAAUGACCUACCAUUCUUACUAGGUGUGCUAAAAUUAUUUGAGGAGUGGAGUUUGGAAUUUUCCAUACAUGUGUAGCUGAUAGUAAUUCUGUCAAAUGAGGUGUAAGCUUCCAUUAUGUUGGUUUUUUACUUGCUAUAUAAGUAAAAAGAACAUGGUUCAACUAGUUACUUUGCUGUAUGUGGGCAUUACUCGGUGGUAUUCGCUGUCCUUUGUUGCUCAUGCUACUUAAGUGCAGGCUGAGACUUAGUCUCCUUUGAGUAAAAUAAUUCAUGUUUCUUUGUAGACCCUGUUCAUAGGGUUAAAAAAUUAAAGUUACCUUUUACUUUUGAGUCCCUUAACAUUUAGUCAAUGAAGUUGCUGCAUUGAUAUUGUGAAAAUAAAUGAGAUUUGGAUUCUGUGUUU